AUGAUUCGGUGGUUGAUAGUGCUAAAAACCCGAGCCCUGAAGGAGGACCCUAGGGGCGAAAAUCGUGGCCGUGGCAAGGUGAAAUUCGACCCCGAGCCUUGGACGCUCCUAAUCCCGAAGAACAGCGGCCUCCCGAAGAGUGGCGGCUUCCUGGUUGACGCCGCGGCCACCAGGGACGUCCUCCUCAACCACGCCAUCCUCGGGGACUUGGUUGAUGCCCAGAACCCGCCCACGACGCCCUUGAAGACGCUGUCUGGAACGCCCGUCAUCUUUACUUCGGAUGGAGCCAACACCUUCGCGAACGGCGUGCAGCUGACCGGCGAGGAAUACAAGGUCUCGGACGGCAUCGUGUACGUUAUCGACAGCGCCCUCCCGAUCGUCAGCCCUUCCGAAGUCGCCUCACGCCCUUCGCUCUUGCCUACGCCCGACUCUGAGCCCACGACCCUCCCCCCCUUGACCCACCGCUUCGCCACCUUCAAGCCUCGCCGCGGCACGCCCGACAUCAACAGCGUCGGCAGCACGAAGCCCGAGCUGCCCUUCGACGCGUCCGACAUCGAACCGGUGCUGGCCGAAGAGACCCUCGGAGGCUCAGAUAUCGGCGGAGGCUUUGCUGAGUUCGGGCCGGCUUCGACCACGCCCUCCAGCGGCUUCUCCGAGUUCUCAGGCUCCCCCGCGGGCAGGAACGACCCCUUCCUCAAGUCCUUCAUCGACUCCCUGCUCCUGCACCGAUCUGCCGACGGCGCCGAGUUCCUCCACCACUUCUUGGAGACGGGGAUCAACGGCACCUUCAGAGACACCGGCAGAUACACAGCGCUUGUUCCUAACGACUCCGCCUUCUACAAGUACUACCCUAUCGACUGGGGCUUCAACCCUUUCCUCGUCGACAACUUCACGAAGGACGUCAUCCUCAACCACUUCCUCCGAGGCAGUGUCGCUCUCGAGGAUCUCCCGAGUUUGGCUGAGAUGACCACGUUGGGCGGCAGCACGAUUAAGUUCACCCGGAGAGGGAGUGAGUAUUCCUGUUUUCUUUGGUUCUAG